AUUAUAACAAAAAUGAGAAAAGUCCUCAUAUUUAUAUUUUUAGUGCUACUCACACUUCUAAAAUCCAAUCAAGCAGCUGGAAACGACUUUCAAACUAUAAUGGAGCACGGGACUAAGGGAUUUUUCAAAAAUUUCUUCGCACAAAACGGGGUCACUAUAAAAACCUUUAACAUGCUUUCAACUUCAAUGCAAGCAUGGUACCAGACCCUAGCUGGGACCCGUUGCUCCAACUCUGCAGAAUGCAGGAACAAAAGGCCGCAAACCUCCGAAAAGCCUGGUGUAGGAACCCCCCAGAAGAAUGCAGAAGAAAUUGAGAAACUACAGCAAGAAGAGAUCAAGGAAAUGGAUCAGAAGAGAAGGCUUCAGCCAGAUGAAGGCAGGAGAGGACUGACUAGUAUUGAGGAGGAGUACGUUGAUCAUUCAGCAGGGCAGGGGAAUACUUAUGUGAAUGGAGACUACAGGGUUUCUUAUAUUUAAUGGACGCUCUGGAUGAACAAGCGCUGAGACUAUCACUACUACGAAUCUGAAUGUAUACACCUGUAAUGGAGUUCAAGUUACUCAAGCCGGAUAUUUCAACUACAAUGACAAAGCUGGCUACACCUGAACAAUUACAGCAACCAGCACCCGAGUCGGGUGCUGGUGCCGUACUGAUUCUUCAGGUAACUGCAUCAUCAAUUACAUUCCUACUUGUAAUAUCACCAUUCUUGAGCCUGACUUCUCAAGGCCUUGAGGAGGUCCUGCUGAUGAUGGACCGUAUUACACUUUUUCUAACCCAGGCUAUGAUCCUUGUCACUGGAUUGACCUUGCAGGCAAGGUCAAUCUUCGGUACAAGCUCAAGUGCUUUGAAGAGCCACCGUCAGAAUUGUUGGAUAAUUGGAAAAUUGCAGAUGAAACUUCAGGAGAGAUCAGGACCAGGAUUACUUCAGGAGCUUGGUUGACUGACAGUGCCCAAAGUUUGAAGUUGGCUAAUAAUAACCAGAAUACUUUGCUAUUCUCUUUACAAAAUUGGAACUGGCUUUCUGAAACAAUUGAUUUUAGCCAAGUGGUAUUUAGUUUAAAUCAAAUGUACGGAGAAGAAGAACUAACAACAACUGUUGAUUUUAGCAAGAUUAAAGAAGAAGAACAGAAGUACUACUCACCAGGUGGAAGAGUCUUCCUUGAUGCUAAUUUUGAGUCGGUUGAUGCCAGCCUCAAUAGUUAUGGCUUCUUCUUUGAAGUCGCAGGGUAUAAAGAGCCUACACCUACUGUUGAUAUUUGGUUUAUCCUUAUUGCAGUCUUUCUUUCUCUCUUCUUCGCUGCAUUCGUGGGUCUGAUCAUCUAUUGAUAUGGAAGAAGAUGGUACAAAAAGAGACAGAUGCUCAAAGAAGCUGAGAAGGAAGAAAGCACCUCAUAAGCUUAAAGUCUUCUUCCUUCAUAUAUUUCAAUU